AUGCCCACCAUCGUCGGCAGGGAAGUCGGCCCUAUCGGGUACGGGAUGAUGGGGCUGACGUGGCGGGAGAAGCCGCCGACGGACGAGGAGGCCUUCGCGGCCAUGCGCGCCGCGCUCGCCGCCGGCAUGACCUUCUGGAACGGCGGCGAGAUCUACGGCCCGCCCGAGCGCAACAGCCUCGUCCUGCUCGAGCGCUACUUCGAGCGCUACCCCGGCGACGCCGACAAGAUCGUCCUCUCCAUCAAGGGCGGCGCCAACUACGCCACCCGCCUCAUGGACGGCUCCCCCGAGAACACCCGCGCCUCCAUCGACCGCUGCAUCGCCCGGCUCAAGGGCCGCAAGCGCAUCGACCUCUUCCAGUUCGCCCGCCGCGACCCCAACGUGCCCCUCCGCGAAACGUUCGAGGUCAUCGAGAAGGAGUGCGCUAACGUAUACAAACCAGACGUCCAAACCGGUAAGAUCGGUGGCAUCUCUCUCUCCGAAGUCCGAGCCGAGACGAUCCACGAGGCCGUCAAAGUAGCCACCAUCUCCGCUGUAGAAGUCGAGCUAUCGCUCUUCUCCACCCACAUCUUCGAGGACGGCGUGGCCGCCGCCUGCGCCAAGUACAACAUCCCGCUGAUCGCGUACUCGCCGAUGGGGCGAGGCCUGCUGACAGGGCGCGUGCAGACGGUGGCGGACGUGUCGGGGCUGCCGUCGCAGCUCGCCGCCUUCCCGCGGUUCCAGGCAGGCAACAUCGAGAGCAACCUGCGGCUGGCGGCGCGGGUGCAGGCGCUGGCGGCGCGCAAGGGAGUCGCGCCGGCCCAGCUCGCCAUCAGCUGGGUGCGCCGCCUCAGCUCCUGGCUGCCCGCCGGGUCCCUCCCCGCCACCGUCCUGCCGAUCCCCGGCGCCACCACGCCCGAGCGCAUCCGCGAGAACGCGGUGAAUGUCGACAUCUCAGACGACGAGAUGCGCGAGAUCGACGCCUUCCUCAAGGAGCUCAAGGUCGCGGGCGAGAGGUACCCCCAAACCAUCCCCAUGAACACCUAA